ACUUCCAUUGCGACCAACUACGUCGCCGCGUCUCGUUGAUCGGCCGUUUGAUCGGCCGGCCUUCACUAAAUAAUACAAACUGCGCAAGCAAGCCACUUUUUAAAAGUAUACUUUGUAAUUUAAUUAACUACAUACACAAAUUCGUAAAAUUAUGUCUGUAAAGUGCAUUUAAUGAACUGUGUUAAUGCUAUGCAUUUAAACUUAAUUGUAUUCGUAGAUUUAAAAUAAUAAUUAGGUUAAAGAAACUUAAAACAUAAAAGCAAAAUUAUAAAAACUAAAUUUGAAGUGAAUUUUACGGUGUAGAAUAAAUUCUUAUACGAAGUGAAGGUAUUUUAACUUAAAAAUAAAUUAAAGUAUAUUUAAAAUUAAAAUGAGGUGUGUGAAGUGAAACACAACAUACAGACAGUGUAUUUGCAAUUAAUGUUUCAUUAGUGUACCUCGGUGAAGAUUAUCAGCGUUUUUAAACAUUUACGUGUUAUUUCUUAUGGACUGUGGAUAUUAUACCCUCUUUUAUAAGCGCUGGAGUUAAAAUUGAAGAAAAAAGCACUAACUCAAUUAUAGAAAACAACGACCAAUCCGCGAGAAUCAAAAUGGAUCCAGAUAACUUAGAACAGAAGAUUAUGCACCGUUUGGCUAGCUACGACAUAAGUAAACCCACUGAAGUUAUCCUUUCGUUUGAUGAGAGUGACGGUGAACAAAGCCCAAAUACUGAUUUUGACGAGAAUACUACCAACAAUCAUUUAUCUAAAGAUAUCAAAAUAAGUAAAGCAGUUUCCAAUAGUGAUAGCGAAACAUUAAGAAAUGAACUCAAAAGUAAUACACAAGAAUUAAAUGAUAUAUAUCCAAACACAAAAUUUAAGGAAGAAUAUGUCAAAGACAAAAAUCUGUCUAACGAAUCGGAAAAAUAUAACGAUCAUCCACCUACGAAAUUUCGGAAACUAUUGGUGGGAACUGAAACCGGUGAAGAGAAAGAAGUAAAUAAUUUAGAUAAGAAUCAUUUUUUAGACACUGAAAAAAUGAGGCAUUGUGAACUCAAUGCCAAAUUACCAGAAAGGAUUGUAAAAAUAGACACACAAAAAGUACGAGAACUAUGCAAUGCACAACCUCUACGAAAGACUAUGACACAAAAAUCACCGUCGUCUAUAAAUGGAACACAGGAAUUUGUUUAUAUAAACAAAUUGCUGCACAGGGUCUCCGAAAGUUUACUAUUUAUUAUAAAAGCAUUUUCCCUACACAUGUUAAUACAAAACCGCAGCGAAGAACAGAAUCAAAUUGAUAAAUCUAUGACUAGUUUCUUACGUUUAAAAUAUCAAUUAUUCAAAUUAUGUUUUGUUACUGUCAAAAAUAUUAUGGUGCCAAAUGCUGGUAACGAAGGAUUUAUCAGACAAUUCAUUGUCGACACCAUAAAACUCGGUAGUGAAAAGAAUAUCGUUUGUACACAACAACAAAUUGAAGUAAUUUUGACAGAAUUGCUUGCGUGGACAGUGGAGAAAAAGAAUGCUCUUAACAAUACAAACCUCACCAUGGAAGAAGUUCUUGAAAACCACAAAAUAGAAUCAAUUAAAUUAACGUGUAAUAACAACAUAUUACAGAAAACCAAUAUUGAGAAACCUUCGCAACUCCCAAAUAUCAACUCGUAUCCUGAAAUCAGUGCUGUACUGGAUGAUACAACAAAAAAUACCAUCAACACUAUAUCAAAAUGGAGAGUUAAUUCAAAUAUGCCACCACCAUACACAACAUUUAUCACUGCGCCGUCUACAAAUAGUAUGCCAUCGGUAGAUACAAAUAGUGACUCCUUAAUACAAACAAAUUAUUGUGUAAAGCCUAACAAUAUACCUACGUAUCCCGCUAACAGUGGUCCUGUGACAGCUUUAAAUAAUAUUUCUGCAAUAUCUGCGUUUCAUGGCCCACUAAUACCACCAAACCAUGGUCAUGUAGAACUUGAAAUUAAUACUAAUCUAGCACCUGGAAACAAUAGUCUUGCAACAUCUUCAAACAGUAGUACCAAAAAACCAGCGAACGAUUAUGCUGCUUGUAAAGUCGUUGUAAAUAAUGAUUUACCAAAAACAAAUACUGACAUGGGAUUAAAAAAUCUGGACGUGAAUUUAAUUUCUUUAUCAAAAAAACCGACGAGUGAUGUAAUAUUUUCAUCUGGACCUCCAGGACAGCAAGUGAGCAUAACAAUCGAUCAUUCAGUGUUAAGACAACAACUACAGCAAACAAACGUCAAUUUUACGCCAUAUCAUACGGCAAAGUCCACUAUAAUUCAAAAACCAUCAAAUUUUCUUCAGCAAUUAGAGACUUAUGUGCAGUCGUCUUCACAAAAUUGGCAUCAAGUGCAAUUGCCAAAGCAGCAAUUGUCACAGCAACAAUUGCCUCAACAAAAAUUGCCACAACAUCAAUUGCCUCAACAACAAUCGCCUCGACAAAAAUUGCCACAACAGCAAUCACCUCAACAGCAAUUGCCUCAGCAGCAAUUGGCUCAACAGCAAUUUCUCCAGCGGCAAUUGCCUCAACAACAAUUUAUUCAGCAGCAAGUGCCUCCACAACAUUUACCGCUUCAGCCAAUGGCUCAACAGCAUUUGCUUCGUAAUCAUACAACAAACCAAGGAAACCAAGUUCCUCAUAGCAAUGAUCCAAAAACAGUUUUUUUUACCCAAUUGCAACAAGCUCACUCUGACUAUCCUCAAAACGCACUACUUCAAAAUAAAAGACCACCACCAUCAUAUCGGCAACAUCAGUCUCACAUGGUACCUACUUCUACUCAUCAACAUCCAAAUAUUUUUCCACAUCCUUUACACCCAUAUAGAACCCUCGAACAGAAUGAACCAAGGGCUCAGCCAGAAAUUAUAAGAUCAUCAUCAAACGACAGCGGAUUUACGAGUCCACUAAACUUUAAUAGUCCAGCUCCUACAAGUAUACAGGGUGAUCUACAAGACGAUAGCGGACCAUUAAUAACUCAUGUUACCUCAUACAACCCGGAGGCAAUUUCUAUAUCUCAAGGCGUCUGUCAUGUGUGUGGAAAAUAUACUAAGCUGAAGUGCAGGGGUUGCUUCCAGCGUUAUUACUGCACAUCUGCUUGUCAGCACAUCGAUUGGUUCCUCCAUCAAGAAGAUUGCAAGAAAUGACGAAGAUGAAAUAAAUUAGCAUUGUAAUAUUUGAAGAAAACUUCGGAAACGAAGGGAGAACCAUAAAGUAUGCAACGCCCGUUUAGUGUGUCUACUUGAAUUUACUCACUAAUUAUCAUUAGUAAUCAUUACGAUACCAAAUAAUUCCAAAUAUAUCCAAAAAAACUAAUGGACGCUUUGAACUUUGGGCCGGUCUUAUCGUACGUGACACGACUUAGACUUGAAUUUAAAUUUUAACUAAGUUUAACGUGCGCUUGAUCCUGUACCUACAGUACCGGCACGCUAUAACGGCCGUUUUGACAGAUUACAAUAGUGAGUCAAAUCGCAAUUCAUUUUCGAAAAAAAUAUAAUCAAAUGCGAGUCGCAUCUAUAAGAUUUUAUAUUUGUAACUAGUAUUGCAAGGGGUAGCUGAUUAAAACAGUUUUAAUAAAACGAAAAUAAAAAUGCUUACUUACUUCUAAGGCUUACUUUAUAUAUCGUCAAUUCGAAACUGCUUUGUGUUGCAUUGAGCUUUGACGCGAGUUUGCCGGAGGUAAAAGUUGUGUUAGUCAGCGAUCCCGUAAGUGACUAUAGAUUUAAUUUUUUUAAAUUUCGUAUUUCGAAAAACAAAUGCCGAGUGUGUCAUAAAAUUAUACAUUCCAUAAAUUUUACUGCACGUCACUAUUGACAACAAUGUACAGCAAUUAGCUCCUUCAACAUAGUUAUGAAUUAUAUAAUACGAAACUUGUUAAGU